CUCGUUCGUAGAAACAGCUGGAGAUGAUUUUGACCAGGAUAUCGACGCGGCAGAAAACAGAACGACACUGAGUAGCAGCCGGCAAGAUGAACUCGGGACGAGAUCAUCUACUGUGGAUGCUAGCCUGCUACGAAGUCCGCCUGAAGACCGAGCUCCACCUUUGACCUACAACUUCCGUCCGACUUCUGGUUCUGACGGGGCGAAAGGAAAAAAAAAUCGAGCGGUAGCAGCUAGUGCUUCCGCUUCCUCUCUGAAAAACAGCGUUGCAGGAUUCAAUCAACAGCGUCAGCGACGCCGAGGUGCUACAACGAGUGCUAGAGUGCACACCAGAAGCCCUCGCAGCUGGUCCCCUACAAAGAAGUCGCGCGAAGGAAGAGCGACUAAAUGGCAAGAGCGGCG